UAUAAAAAUAUCUUCAUAUAAAAUCACCUGUGUCUUUCUCUCUCUCACAUCGACUCCCUCAGACGACUUUGUCCUAGAAGCAACAACACCAAGAUCCCUCUUCUUCACCCAACCUUUCAAUUCCGAUAAUGAGUUACUACAAUCAGCAUCAGCCCCCCGUUGGCGUCCCUCCUCCUCAAGGUUACCCACCGGAAGGAUAUCCUAAGGACGCCUAUCCGCCUCCGGGAUAUCCACCCCAGGGAUAUCCUCCUCCCCAGCAAGGAUAUCCUCCUCAGUACGCGCCUCAAUACGCCCAGCCUCCGCCUCAACAACAAAAGCAAAGCACUGGUUUCAUGGAAGGAUGCUUGGCUGCUUUAUGCUGUUGCUGCCUGUUGGAUGCCUGCUUCUGAUGAGAAAUGGCUUUCGGUCGAACUGCAAUUUGAUCCCAUAAUUGUGUUGUUUAGAUCUUGAUAUUCUAUUGUGUAAUUGUCUUUUUUUUUUUUAUUUGGGUUUUAAUUUUGAUAAUAAUAUUGGAACAAUUGCUUGGAAGUGAAACCAUUUAAAUAUUUUCGUUUAUGUUGUUGGACA